CUGGGCUGCUCUGCUGGCUACAGUGCAAAGCAAACAUCUAAACCGCUUCAAAGAUAAGAGUGGAAAUGUAACAGGAGCCAUAAGUGAAAAGAAGACCAAAUAUCUGUGAGAAAGGCAACUGCUUAAGGAGACCAUGGAACUGGGACAGUAUAUAAUUAUUUGCAUUUGUGCAGUGAAAGCAGUUUGGGGAUGUCCCCAGAACUGCAAUUGCAAUGACACCCAUACUGUUUGCAUGGGCUCUCAAAUUAUAGACUUUCCAUCCCCUCUUCCAUCAACAACAAAGUCUAUCAAUAUUUCAAAUACUAAAAUAUCCUCAUUGAAACCUGCUGAUUUUGAUGCAUUGUCAGAGACUCUGACACAAUUUAUUGUCAAUAAAUCGAGUAUCAGUGAGGUGCAACCUCACACAUUUGACAACACACGUAAACUCACCACUUUAGUGUGUUCAGGAACUGAGCUGAAUUCACUACCAGAGGACUUGUUUCAGAAUCUACCGUCCCUCACCAAGCUGAAGCUGAAUAACAACAAACUAAAUAAACUCCAUUCUACCCUGCUUCAUCCUCUUCAGUCUCUGAAAGUCUUAGACUUAAGCAUUAAUAACUUGAAUUUUAUUCCAAAUGAUAUGUUCCAGAAUCUAACUCACUUGGAGGAGCUUUGGCUGCAGAGAAAUGGCAUCAGAGAACUGCAGCCCAGAACUUUCCAUGGACUAAACAAGCUUAAAAAGUUGUACCUUCAAAAUAACAACCUAAAUGUGAUCCCAGAUAAUGCGUUUGAUGACCUGCUUAAUCUGGAGGUUUUGCAUCUGCAGCACAAUCUUAUCACACACUUACCAGCAGAACUUUUCACCCAUCAGCAGAAGCUCCAAAAACUCUACCUCUCUAAUAAUAAGUUGAUUAUUCUUCAGCAAGGCAUCUUCUUGAAUCUCCCAAAUCUAAAAAACAUCUCACUUUUUGACAACCAGUUGCAGAGUCUGUCAAUUAACACCUUUGGGCCCAUGUUACUGCAGGAACUGUGGCUGUAUGACAACAUGUUAACCCGGAUUGAGGAAAAUGUGUUUAGCAAUUUAACCCAUGUGCGACUCCUAGUGUUGAGCAGAAACCGGAUCUCACACAUUUCUCCUGGUGCUUUCAAUGGAUUGAACGAGCUGAAAGAAAUUUCUUUGCACACUAACUGCCUGACAAGCCUUGACGAAAGAGUUUUCAGAGGCCUUCCGAAGCUGUUCAAUAUAUCAUUGGAAAACAACCACAUUCAGUCCAUUCCAGAGAGUCUGCUUGAUGGUAUUCUUGACUUAAAACAGCUGGAGCUUCAAAACAACUCCCUAUCUUCUUUACCAAAGACAUUUCUAGACACUUUAACCAAUGUUAGCAGUGUGCUGUUAACUGAAAAUCCAUGGAGGUGUGACCAGGACAUUUUACCACUUCAAAGCUGGUUAAAAAAAUAUCCAGAUAAAGUCAGAGAUGUCACAGCCCUUGUGUGCUUUAGUCCUAUAGACUUGAAAAACGCCAGUAUAAUAGAGUAUAAUUUAAGAAAUCCCUUUCGGAUAUCCAUUUAUACACAAACAGGUAACUCGACAGUCCGCUUAGAGAAAGGAGAUCUCAUCAUUGGUUGGCAGGAAAUGCAUAUGAUCAUCAUUGCAGUAGUCUGCACUGUAGUUACAGUUAGUAUCAUCAUCUGUGUUGCAUGCUGGAGCAGGAACAAAUAGGACAGUCAAAAAGCUGUAACAUAAUGUAGAGUUUCUGUUGAUCAGCCAUAACAGUAAAACCAGUGACAAGUGAAGAGAACAACAUUGAUUAUCUUGUCACCUGUCAAGAAUGUCAAUAUCCAAGGCUUACUGAUGUGUAUGGGGAGCAAACCCUAGCCCAUCUGGUCUGAUUCCAUAGAAGACCUAAUGUAGCAUGAGUUGCUGAAAAAUGCUGGCCAGUGCAUCACAGCUUGUAUGGGGCUAAUUCCUGUCCACCACCAAAAGUACAUACAACAGGCACAUGAACAUCAAAAUUGGACCAUGGAGCCAGGGAAGAACGUUUGGUUUUAUAAAUCAUGUUUUCUUUUUAUAACAUGUGGAAGGUCAGGUGUAUGUGGGUCGCAUACCUAGAGAAAAUAUGGCACCAGCAUGGACUAUGGGAAGAAGGCAAGCCAGCGGAGACAGUGUGAUGCUCUGAGUAAUGUUAUGCUGGAAAUCCUUGGUCAUUGCAUUGAUGUGGAUGUUAUUUUGACAUGUACCACCUAUCUAAACAUUGUUGCAAACCAAGUAAAUAAUCAAGCAACAGUAUCCUCAAAUGGCCUUCUUCAGUCAGAUAAUGCACUCUGCUACACUGCAAAAUUAUUCAGGAAUGGUUUGAGGAACAUAAAGAUUUCAAGUUGCUCCAAAUUCCCCUCAAUUUGAUCUCAAUUUGAUGAAGUAUCUGUGGAAUGUGCUGGACAAACAAGUCCGAUCCACAGAGGGCCCCACUCUCAAAUUUCAGGACUUAAAGGAUCUGGUGCAUCUUGGGGCCAGAUACCACAGCACACCUUCAGAGGUCUUGUGGAGUCCAUGCCUUGAUGGAUCACAGCUGUUUUGGCAACACAAGCGGGACCUUUGUGACUAUUAGGAAUUAGGAAUAUUACAGAAUAUUAGGCUGGUGGUGUUAAUGUUAUGGAUAAUUGGUGUAUAUAUCUCAAUUAGAAGAAACCAAAUUCAGCUAUAUUACCUUCUUACUUUGUUUAAACUUCAAAAUACAUGUAAAUUGUGUGUAAUUUUAUGGAUGCUAAUACAUGUGAAAUGCUUAGGGUUGUUUAAUGAGUCUGUGGAAAGGAUUAAACUAACACGAAUUCUUGUCAACAAUCAUGCUCUCAUUUGUAUUUACUCCAAGCAUUUGAUAUCGGAACUUUAAAUUUUAAUAAUAGAAUUCUGGGUAACACUUAAAAAAACAAACAAACAAACAAAAAACAUCUAUAUACUAUCAUCAAACUAUCAGUUAAUUUUAAACAGCAUGGCACUGGUUUAUGGUUGUUAAUACUAGAUAUUAUUUAAACAAUUUUGUUUCUUUAAAAAACAUCCAAUAUACUACUCUAUGAAAGUACAGUUUCUCAGCACCCAGCUCUUAUCUCUGAACAC